AUGACGACUCCAUUCCCCAAUCUCUACACACAUCGCAAGGUCGCCGACACGGCAGCCAAGGCCUGCGACAUCUGCUACAAGUCCAGCACGUCGGUGCUGAUCACGCCAGACAAAAAGGACCGCUACUUUUGCACACCCAAGGUUGAUGAGGAGGCCGAGAAGGCCAAGCGUGAGAAGGAGUUAGAGGAGGAAAAGGAAAAGGUCAAGAAGGAGUACGAGGAGAAGCAGCGUAAGAAGAAGGAGAAGGAAGAGAAGGAAAAGAAGGACAAAGAUAAGAAGAAGAGCAAAGAUGAGGAUAAAGAUAAGGAUAAGGACAAGGAUGAGAAGGAAAAGGACGAUGAGACCAAGGACAAGGAAGAGGACAAGCCGACGCCUGAACCCGAAGAGCCCCGCGUGUUUGAGCUAAAGAGCUCAUUUUACCAACAACGGUUGAUGAAGAAGCGACAGGCCGAGGCAGCAAAAGUCCAACGGGAACGAAUGUCAAAGCCCGGUUACUUUCCAUCCGUCCCCACGGAUGCUCCCAAUUUUGAGCGACAACCUGCGUUGUUUGUGUGA